AAUUUGAAUGCAGAACACUUAGGAGAGCAAAUUGACCAAUGGGAGUGAGGUAAUCUCACCUUAUCCACACUCCCACCACAAUCUCGUCACACCCCUUCCACAUCCCACUUAAAUUCUUCCCCCCAAUCCACAAGAAACUCCAAGUACUACAAUUCCCCUCCACUUGAUUCCCAACAUUGAGAAAUUACAAACUUAAUUCAUUUUGGUCUCUCAAUUUCAGCUACUAUACCCAGAGACAGAAUGGCAGCCAUGAACUCAAAUGUGCUAGCUUCAAACUACGCAAUUUCUGGUGUUCUAUCAUCGGAGUUGAUUGGCAGCUCAAAGGUUUCCCCAGUGGCAUCAGUUAAGUUUCCUGUGAUCAAGGCCCAACAGGCUAGCUUUUCUGAUUCAAAACAAUCAAACAAGAUUACUUCUGGUGGUAGUGAUGGAAGAAGGGCUGCACUAUUCGGCCUCGCUGCUGCCGGCCUUUUCGCCGUGUCCUCCUCCUCCUCCGCCAACGCCAGUGUCUUCGAAGAGUACCUCGAAAAGAGCAAAGCUAACAAGGAGCUGAAUGAUAAGAAGAGGUUGGCGACAAGCGGCGCGAAUUUCGCACGGGCAAACACAGUGGAAUUCGGCUCGUGCAAGUUCCCGGAGAACUUCACCGGCUGCCAAGAUCUUGCCAAGCAAAAGAAAGUGGGGUUUCUUUCUGAGGAUAUAGAGUUGGAGUGCAAAGGGAGGGACAAGUACAAGUGUGGUUCCAAUGUGUUCUGGAAAUGGUGAAGAAGGGAUCAAUGUUCCCUUGGUCUUAUAUUCCCCUGGACUUUGUAGUAUUUAGUAUUCCGGUUCACGACUUCUGAAUCAAUUUGUCGCUGUGGUUUGUAUCAUGUUAAAUUGUUGUCUAUAUCUUUCUUCUUAAUUGUUGAUAUCGAGUUGGUCCGCUUUGAAAA